AUGGAACAUAGGGAGCUCCUGGAACGCCUUAUACAGGGAGCCACAGCCGAAGUUGAACAGAAAUGGGCUAUCUACGCCCUACCAAACGCGCCCCAGCAGUAUAACAGUUAUGAUGGGAACCAAGUGCCCAUAACCGAACAGAUGGCUCUGGAGGAAUUUAAGCUUCAGACAGGCCUCUCCCCUCUGAAAUUUUACCGCUCAAAUAAGAAUCCGCUGUCUGGCACCCUUGUCAUGGCAGUCCCAGAAACUCAAGUUCAAACAGUGCCCAAAUGGGUCCAGCUCUUCGGCAAGAACACACCAAUCAAGCAUAAACCCCCCGGGCCCGCAUAG